AUUUGUGACAUUCUAUUUGACAGUUCUUCACGAUAAAUUUCUGCGUGAUUUCAACAUCACGAACGAAUACAGUUUUGUUUAAUUUUAGUGAAUUAAACAACGAAAAUGUCUUUAUUUGGAGAUAUAUUACCGAUUAAUAAAAAUGAAAGCCAAAAUAAUCAGGCCAGUGCAAAUCUUUCUCCCUAUUUAAACUUUGAUCCCAACUACAUACCUAAAAUGCAACCAGAGUUUCUAUAUCCCGAUGAGAGCCAUAUGGCCUCAACAGCACGAAGAUCAAACGUAGCUUUACCAAUCAUUGGAAUGUCUUUCAUGACUGGAUCAGGUUUGGGAGGCAUGGCUGGUCUUUACAAAGGAUUAAGAGCGACAACAUUAGCUGGACAAAUUGGCAAAGUAAGAAGAACACAGCUUAUAAACUACGUAAUGAAGCAAGGCACAACAACUGGCUGUACCCUAGGCAUAUUAGCUUCAUUUUAUUCAAGUAUAGCCCUGGGUGUAACUUGGAUUAGGGACCAAGAAGAUACCGCAAAUACCUUUAUAGCUGCCACAGCUACAGGUGUUUUAUAUAAAAGUACUGCUGGUUUGCGCUCAAUGGGCUUAGGAGCAGCUGCAGGGCUUACAUUAGCAGGCCUUUACACCCUCCUCACUGAUAAUGAUAAUAUAUGGAGCAAAGCUAGAUAUAUAAAAAUGUGAUUUAGUUGUAAUAGAACCCAGAGAUUGUUGUUUAUAAAUGUAGUAAAGAUAAUUUAAAAAAAAUGUAAGUAAAUGAUGUUAUGCAAUUGUUUCACAAGUAUAUUCUAAUUGUAUAAGUCACUCAUAUUUUUAAAAUCUUAUAUAUUAUAUUAAUUAAAAAUUAUUCUAUUGUUCCUUAACUCGACUUACAUUUCUAUAACUGUUAGAUCAAGGUAUUAAAUUGUAUACCAUUGUGUACAUUUAUAAACAACUCUACCUAUCUUGUGAAUUCUGUACAUAGACUGUUAAUUUAAGUUAUUUUAAUUGGCACUCUGAGAUCUGUCAAGUUGAUGACUUGUUUGCUCCAUGUCAAAGCUUGCUAGAUCAUUUUUAUCACCUGAACCGAUCAUAUGUUCCAUAUUGGUACAGGUAGCACAAAUAGAUAAUAAAAGAAUUUAUUAAAAAUUGA